GCUGUUAGUGUUAAUCCUGAUGUGGAGAGGAGCCCGUUCUGCCGCCGGGGAUCCCAGCCGGGCUCGGGUCGGUGCCAGCGGUACCUGGGGAUUACCUUCACUCUGAUAUGGCAUGCAAUUAAUCAUCAUAAUCAUAAUAAUAAUUAAACAAAAAACACCAUCGGAAUGUCACGCGCUCCAGUAAAGAUUGAUGUUUGAUGGCUGGGAGGCUCCAGACUCACAUCCAGGAUUGACACUCAACAGUGCACGCUCUACAUCGAUCUCCUGCGUGAAUUCCACUUCCUGACAGAUAAAACCGCUCACUAGCUCCCACUACACCAACCCCACUGACAAGUCGAGCAACGUACAAAACGCCCUCAGCCAAUCGCUGGGGCAGGAACACGUUACCAUGGACACGGAGUCCACCUACUCCGGCUACUCGUACCACUCGGGCCGGUCGAGAGGAUCCCACAGACAUGGAGAGCGCAGCAGAGAACGACACAAGUCUCGCAGUAAAGACAGCAGUCGCUCGGAGAAGUCCGUCACCAUCAACGCUCCUCCUGCAGAGCCGCUGCUGGGAGACCAGUCCAUGCGAGGAGAUGAAACACAGGAUGACAACUGGGGCGAAACUACCACUGCGAUCACAGGCACUUCAGAGCACUCCCUCUCACAGGAGGACAUUGUGCGCAUUAGCAAAGACCUGGACGACAGCGUGGGUCUGGACUGUAAACGCUAUUUAGUCGUCUCAUUCUCUAUUAUCUUGAGCCUGCUGGUUCUCCUGACACCACUCGCAUUCCUCAUCCUGCCCCGACUGCUCUGGUCUGAGCGGCUGCGUCCAUGCGGCACGGCCUGUGAGGGCCUCUUCAUCUCUGUAGCAUUUAAGCUGCUUAUUUUGUUGCUAGCCAUGUGGGCACUGUUUUUCCAGCCAUCCAAGGCCACCAUGCCACGCAUCUUUGUUUUCCGAUCCUUGCUGGCCAUGCUGGCGUUCCUGCUCGUGCUCUCCUACUGGCUGUUCUAUGGAGUACGCAUCUUGGACACACAGGAUGAGGAUUAUCAGGGAAUUGUGCAGUAUGCGGUGUCCCUGGUGGACGCACUGCUGUUCAUCCACUACUUGGCUAUAGUGCUGCUGGAGCUGAGGCACCUGCAGUCCUGCUUUUCGCUCUGUGUCACACGUUCUACAGAUGGAGAGACACGACAUUACAACCUUGGACAGCUCAGCAUCCAGAGGGCAGCUGUGGUAAUCUUGGAGAACUACUACAGAGAUUUCCCUAUACAUAACCCAGCACUGCUCACAGCGUCCAAAUCGCGUGCUGCCAAACACCUGGCUGGCCUCAAGGUCUACAACGUGGAUGGUCCAGGAGGCAAUAACGCCGCUGCAGUGGGAAUCUCUCAGUCCCAGUCUCGCGCCAUGAUCGCUGCAGCCGCACGCAGACGAGACUCCAGCCACAACGAACUGUACUACGAGGAGGCCGAGCAUGAGAGACGUGUCCGUAAGCGCAAGGCCAGACUGGUGGUGGCUGUGGAAGAGGCUUUCACACACAUCCGGCGCGUGCAGGAAGAGGAACAGAAGAAGUCUCCAGGAGAUGUGAUGGACCCGCGCGAGGCGGCACAGGCCAUCUUCCCAUCAAUGGCACGAGCGCUGCAGAAAUACCUGCGCACAACACGGCAGCAGCACUGCCAUAGCAUGGAGAGCAUCCAGCAGCACCUGGCCUUCUGUAUCACACACAACAUGACACCAAAGGCGUUUUUGGAGAGCUACCUGACCCCAGGCCCGACGCUGCAGUAUGGACGCGAGCGCUGGUUUGGUCGCCAGUGGACACUCAUCAGCGAGGCGUCUGUGAACAGCGGCCUCAAGGACGGAACUGUCUUCCUGCUCAAGUGCGUAGACUUCAGCCUGGUGGUCACGGCCAAAAAGAUCCCCUACAUCCGGCUGUCUGAGGAGUUCAUCGACCCCAAAUCGCACAAGUUCGUUCUGCGGCUACAGUCAGAGACUUCGGUGUAGGCUAGCAGCUUGUGGUAUUGUCUCUAUUCACGGUCAUUCACAAGCAAUUUUUUUUUAUUAAUUUGGGGGGUUUGCAGUUUUAUUAUGUUGUCUUUAUGUAUGUAUAUAUGUAUAAUAUAUACAUAUAAAUCUGUAUACCACAUAUUUGAAUAUAUUUCCUUUUAUUUUCUCUUUGCUUUGUUGACUGGUUUCUGGUUAAACUGAACAGACAUGUUGAUCUUCGACUGUGCACAAAGACACAGACGUGAUGAGGGAUGACAUGACGCAAGACUCAGCAUUCUUUUUCUAAAAUAAGAGACAGUCGAGAGAAAAGAAGAAGAAUAAAUACACUUGUAAGAGCCCAGUGGACCACUCGUAAUGGUGGACGGACCGAUUACAAAACGAGACGCAUCCUUUCUGCUGUUAUUCUGUAGCUCUGAUGGACCUGUUCAGGCACAUUGCUGUAAAUCAGAGCCAUCUCAUUUGGACUGGAUGGGUCCCUCUCGCUGUUGACAUCAGAGAACUCCCAGAAUGCUCCUCUUUCAGCUGCAGAGUUUGGAGGUUCAAGUGGCAGCCUUUUUUUCUACUGUAAGUCCAAACUAACUCUUGGUGCUCUUUAAAACACAUCUGGUUUGUAUUUCUGCUGAUGAUACACAACAUAAUCAUCUUUCUUUCCAUAUGCACAAUGUACAGAUGUGAGGUGUUGGUGUGUAUCUAUUGGAGUGUAUUCAGACACGUUCUGUGUUCAGCUGGACAAAAUAUGAUUAUUGGUCAUUUGAUGAAAGCAGUGGUUUUGUUCUUUUAGCAUUUGGUUUGAUUCAAGCAUUUUGUGAUUAUUAUGAGAGUUAUUGAGUCGAAUCCAAGGGCCAAAAGCAAGCCGAUUUUCACUAUGCUGCAAAUUUCCCACCGGAACCGCUAAAACUGUAUCUGUUCAAGGAAGGAGAGUGAACUGAGUUCAGAAAAGAUCACAGAACCAGAUCAGUGAGCUGGUUCGACUCUUUAUCAGGCCACUGACCAGCAUUUAGACACUGAUUUAAUCAUAUUGUUGUUUAUCAGCAUCGUUAAAGAGUUCAGUAGUUUCUUAAAGGAAAGACAAAGGGAUAGUUUGACCAAAAACAGUAAUGUGGCUAAUGAAUCCAGCAUGAAGUCACGCUGCUAGGUUUCUUGUUGUUAUUUGCCUGUUUUUUGGUGGAACGAUACUGAUGAUAAUCUGAAGCAUGGACUUUGGGGACAUUCUGUCUGACAUCAGGCACAUUUUAUCAGCAGAGAUGAUUGUAUCCUGCUCUUUCCACUACUUGUCUAUGUUAAUCAUAAGGCCAAAGAUAAGACAUUACCUGAUUCUUUAUAUGGCGUUUAAUAAAGCUUAUCAUCUGGUUAAUAAGAAAGCACUUAAAAUUAUUGUAGAAAUUAUGACUAAACACUAAUCACCAUGAGAUCUCAACUCGAUUCAGAAAGAUGAAUAAGGCUUGAUAGUUGAUAAAUGGGGGAAGAUUUUUCAAAUGGAAUGGAUUGAGUUUGUUCAAAUCAAUGUAAUAUCCAGUUAAUUAAACAAAAAUGUUGGUCACAUUUAGGAGUGGAACGGUGUGCAGGGAUGAUUGAUGGGAUGCUGAUCAUAAAACAGUUAUCAGUAACAGCGUUGA